AUGGCGGAGUCUAGCGGAGCCGGAGCCGGAGCCGGAGCCGGCGCCGGCGCCGGGAGCGAGACCGGGUCUGGAAGCGGAGCCGGGACUGAGGCCGAGCCGGGGCCAGGGCCCCCGAUCCGGGUCACCGUCAAGACCCCCAAGGACAAGGAGGAGAUCGUGAUCUGCGAUCGCGCUUCGGUGAAAGAGUUCAAAGAGGAGAUUUCCCGGAGGUUUAAGGCUCAACAAGACCAGCUUGUCCUGAUCUUCGCUGGCAAGAUUCUCAAAGAUGGAGACACAUUAAAUCAGCAUGGUAUCAAGGAUGGGCUCACUGUCCAUUUGGUGAUCAAGACCCCACAGAAGGCUCAAGAUCCUGCUGCUGCCACCACCACCACCACCGCUGCUGCUGCUGCCGCCAACACCACUGCUGCUACUGCUGCUUCCUCUGCCCCAGAUGCUGCUUCUGCACCAGCCCCCACAACAGCUUCCCCUGCUGCCCCGGCUCAGCCGUCCACCUCAAGCAGCACUACCCCUGACACUGCUAGUGGAAAUCGGAGGAACAGUGGAGGUGGUCCAACCCCAGGAGCUGGGGAUGGGCCUUCUAGUGGUCCUGCAUCCAUACUCUCUGGCUUUGGAGGCAUCCUAGGGCUGGGCAACCUAGGCCUUGGUUCAGCUAAUUUUAUGGAGCUACAACAGCAGAUGCAGAGGCAGCUGAUGUCUAAUCCCGAGAUGCUGUCCCAGAUCAUGGAGAACCCUCUUGUCCAAGACAUGAUGUCCAACCCUGACCUGAUGCGCCACAUGAUCAUGGCCAACCCACAGAUGCAGCAGCUCAUGGAGAGGAACCCAGAGAUCAGCCAUAUGCUCAAUAAUCCAGAGUUAAUGAGGCAGACCAUGGAACUGGCUCGAAACCCUGCCAUGAUGCAAGAAAUGAUGCGCAAUCAGGAUCGGGCCUUGAGCAACCUAGAGAGCAUCCCAGGGGGAUACAAUGCCUUGCGCCGCAUGUACACAGACAUCCAGGAGCCCAUGUUCAGUGCUGCUCGGGAACAGUUCGGCAACAAUCCCUUCUCCUCAUUGUCGGGAAACUCUGACAGCUCCUCCUCCCAACCUCUCCGGACUGAAAACCGGGAACCCCUCCCUAACCCCUGGAGCCCCUCAGCCCCCACUUCCCAGGCCCCAGGGCCCGCUGGGGAGGGCACCGGAGGCUCAGGGACCAGCCAGGUGCACCCAACAGUCUCCAACCCCUUUGGGAUCAAUGCAGCUAGCCUGGGGUCAGGGAUGUUUAAUAGCCCUGAGAUGCAAGGUCUUCUCCAGCAAAUUUCAGAGAAUCCCCAGUUAAUGCAAAACAUGAUCUCUGCCCCAUAUAUGCGAAGUAUGAUGCAGACUCUUGCCCAGAAUCCCGACUUUGCUGCUCAGAUGAUGGUGAAUGUCCCAUUGUUUGCAGGAAACCCCCAGCUGCAGGAGCAGCUCAGGCUCCAGCUCCCUGUCUUUUUACAGCAGAUGCAGAACCCAGACUCGCUGUCCAUUCUCACCAACCCCCGAGCCAUGCAGGCCCUGCUACAGAUUCAACAGGGGCUGCAGACGCUGCAGACGGAGGCCCCAGGGCUGGUGCCCAGCCUUGGCAACUUUGGGGCAGCCCGGAUCCCACCUACCCCUGCAGGAGGUAGCAGUGGCCCAGAGCCCUCCAUCACUUCCCCAUCCACGCCAGCUAGUGCCUCUCCAGGGGGAGGCACGGCCAGCCCCCAGCAGCAGCUGAUGCAACAGAUGAUUCAGCUUUUGGCUGGAGGAGGAAAUUCCCAGGUGCAGACACCAGAGAUUCGAUUUCAGCAACAGCUGGAGCAGCUCAACGCCAUGGGCUUCAUCAAUCGAGAGGCUAACCUGCAGGCCCUGAUUGCUACGGGUGGGGAUAUUAAUGCAGCUAUUGAGAGACUGCUGGGUUCUCAGCCCUCCUAAUCCCUGAGACCAUCCCCUCCACUACACCCCCCCAUCUGCAUAUGCACACCUAAACACUGACCUCCCCUACAUCGUUUGGUUCCUUUGACAGCUCCCCAAUCUCUCCAAAUCCAUAACCUCAUAACCUAUGACUCUUCACUCCUGUCUCUCUGGUCUUCAAGUCUCUUCAAACAGCAAGGGGAGAAGCAUUUGGGGCAUGGCAACCUAACCCCAUAGCUCUGUCUUGAGUCUCUUGGUUCUAAUUGUACAUCUUUCCUCCAUUCUGCCCCGCCUGACCUUUAGCAAGAAAUAUUUAAGCAAUUUUGACCUUUUUUUUUUUCCAGAUUUCCCAACUCCAUCCCUGACUGCUCCCACAUUCUCCAUAACCCACAUUUACAGAACUGAGUCAUAGAAUGGCUUGAUUGAUCUGGCUUAAUGUAUCAGGGAAUAUUGGUCUGCCCCUUUGAUUACGGAAUCUUUUUGUUUUUGUUUCUGGCCAUACCCCAGCUUUCUUAUGAGAGCUCUUUAAUGACACUCCCCAUUAGCCCUUUUUCCUAGAUCCCUCCUCCCUAAUGAAGGAUUGUUAAGUUUCUGUGCUUCCAAAGGAGAAGGCAGUCUGUUUAAGACUCUCCCCCCCUUCCCCCUACUCCUAUUCUGGACCCUGUUUAUGGGCGCAGCCCUUUCUUGGGGUCUUUGGAGAGGAAAGGAAAAAUUGUUUCCCUGUUUGGCAAGAGAGAUGGCUCACUCAGGAUACAGAGAUAAAGAGGGAUGAUCUUGCCAGAUAUCAGAGCUGCAAACUUGGAGAGGGGUCUGGUGUUGGGGGCAAUGAAGCUUCCUGAAGAGAGAGUGGAUGUCCCACUGUUAGAACAGGUGAGAAUGGGUAAAGAAUCAAGCUAGAAAAAGCCAGCAGCCAUAGAGGCAAAUUAUAAUUUGCUAGAUUGGGGUGAAGAGUGAAUCUUGGAGAAGGGACUUAUAAAUUCUAAUUAGGGAUUGAAAUUAGAAGGUAUUAGAAAGAGGGGUAAUUCUCAAUACCCAUUAUAGUCCCUAUUGACUACAUAACCCUCAAGCACAGAAUGUUGAUGCCCCCUUCCCUUUCACUUCCCCACCUCACUCCCGCCUGACAGACACAAACACAUUCUCCAUGUGCUCAAGGCCACCAGGGGCUUGUCCAGGUCUGAAGUGACCAGUGCCUUUGGCCCUGCCCUGGGAACAAGAGUUUGUCCCAGGAGGAGGUGGGAUUUUUUUUUCCUGCCCCUCGGGGAUGUUACAAGAGGGAGGGUCCUAUGUUCUAGUUUCAGAACCAUCUUCCCCAAAAAGAAAUGGGGGUUUGCCAGUCUGGGGGUGGGAUGGGAAUAGCUGGUAUGCAGAAGUCUUGAUGCCGAAUAAGGAUGAGCAUGCCCUUUUGAAAAGGGGCAGGGAUAUCACCCAACCAUCCCUUCCCCCUCCACACAUACAUAUAUACACAUGUACAUAAUUACUCCAACUCUCUGAAUACUGGUAAGUGCUUUGAGAUCAUAGGAUAGAAGAGGGAUGGGGGCCCUCAGCCUCUGAAUCCUGAACCUAUGCCUUUCUUACCUCUGUAUUCACCCCCCCCCCCCCCCCAAGUUCUUCCUUUUGUCCUCUAUGCCAGAAAAUCCUAUUUGAAGGAGGAAGUGGUAACAAAGUCAUUUUUUGAGCCAGGGUUGGAGACCAAGAUAGUUGAGAACAGGUACCUCAUCCCUACCCUGUCCUUCCAAUCCCAUGUAAAUAAAUGGCGUGAUCUUUGUCGUGA